GGAAGCGCGUCCAUCUUUGUUGCCCCGCUCACUCAGGCAUCGAGGUGCUGAAAUCUGCAGACAAAGAGGACAAAGAGCUGCGAUGGACGGUGAUGUUGCGGUUGGUUUAAAGAGAGGCUCCGAUGAGCUCAACAUGUACGGUAGCAGCUCCAGCACUAUGGCCGCCAAUGGUGGCGACACCAAGAAACAGCGACUAGAUGACCCUCCUCCCUCCAGAGUUCUCCACAUCAGGAAACUCCCCAGUGAAGUAUCAGAGACAGAAGUAAUCGCUCUGGGUCUUCCUUUUGGCAAAGUCACCAACAUACUGAUGCUGAAAGGCAAAAACCAGGCAUUUUUGGAGCUCGGUACUGAGGAAGCUGCUAUUACAAUGGUCAAUUACUACACUGCUGUCACGCCACAGGUCAGGAAUACCCCAGUGUUCAUUCAGUACUCCAACCAUAAGGAACUGAAAACUGACUCUGCUCUAAAUCAGAGGGCCCAGGCAGUGCUUCAGGCAGUGUCUGCAGUGCAGGAUGGCAGCUCUCCCUCCUCUGAUGCUGGAAUUGUCGAACUGGCUCCUCCUCCAAGCCCUGUUCUCCGUAUCAUAAUUGACAACAUGUUUUAUCCAGUGACGCUGGAUGUUCUGCAGCAGAUCUUUAGCAAGUUUGGAACUGUCAUGAAGAUUAUAACCUUUACCAAGAACAAUCAGUUCCAGGCUCUUCUGCAGUUCAGUGAUCCUGUCAAUGCGCAGCAGGCUAAACUGUCCUUGGACGGACAGAACAUCUAUAAUUCAUGUUGCACUUUGAGGAUAGACUUCAGUAAACUGGUCAACCUUAAUGUUAAGUAUAAUAAUGAUAAAAGUCGAGAUUACACCAGACCUGACCUACCCACUGGCGACGGAGAAUCAACCAGCAAAGACCAUUCUUUAUUGGGGACCCCUUCUGGAGCUCUGGCAUCCUAUUCCAGUGGAGGUGGUUAUUCCUCUUCUCUCUCCCUCUCACAGAGCGGAGGAGCCAUCAGCCCCCUGAGUGCUGCGGCGGCCGCUGCUGCAGCUGCUGGACGAGUGGCUCUGUCUGGGUCCGGAGUAUCCGGAGUCCUGCUGGCCUCCAACCUGAAUGACGAGAUGGUCACGCCUCAAAGUCUCUUUACCCUCUUCGGGGUCUAUGGUGACGUGCAGAGGGUGAAGAUCCUCUACAACAAGAAGGACAGCGCUCUGAUCCAGCUGGCAGAUGGCAACCAGGCUCAGCUCGCUAUGAGUCACCUGAAUGGACAGAAAAUCUUUGGUAAAGUAAUGCGAGUGACACUGUCCAAACAUCAAACAGUAGCUUUACCCAGAGAAGGCCUGGAUGACCAGCUCCUCACUAAAGAUUUCUCUGGCUCACCGCUGCACCGCUUCAAGAAGCCUGGCUCCAAGAACUUUCAGAACAUAUUUCCUCCUUCUACAACACUUCAUCUCUCGAAUGUUCGGGAGGCCAUUGGAGAAGAUGAUCUUCGUCUGUUGUUCUCAAACACUGGAGGAACUGUGAAGGCUUUCAAGUUUUUCCAGGACCGUAAAAUGGCUUUGAUCCAGAUGUCAUCAGUGGAGGAGGCCAUACAAGCGCUGAUCGAUCUCCAUAACUAUGACAUGGGUGGAAAUCAUCACCUCAAAGUCUCCUUCUCCAAAUCCACCAUCUAAUAUCCAUCCCUAAUUCUCACCAGUGAGGAAGCCCUUUCCAUCAUGCCCAUUUUAUGUUUUUACUGUUGUUUUCAAAUGGAUUUGGCUAAUGUAGAGACAAUUGAAGUUGAAAACAAAUGUGAAAUUCAUGUUUAGCUGUAAACAUGGGUAGUGUUUUUGUAUAGUUCUAGCGAAACUUUGUUGGUUUGCAUAAAUGUAAUAUUUUAUUUACUUCACAAAUCAUUAUUCCCACUGUGAAUUUUCUUUAAAAGGUUUUUGACAUGUUGCUAGGUUUAUACCGAAAUUUGAUAAAAAUGUAAGUGCUUCUUUUCAGGUUGAGUUUCUUUCCUCAGUCAUUUCUAACAUCUUUGUCCCAAAUUUGGUUAGUGAUUUUUAAGAAAUGCUUUAGCAGCCCUUUCACUCAUUAUUUUAUCUGUAAAAAGGCCUGUUAAACUCACUCUUCUAUAUUUUGCAUUAAGCCAUUCAAAAGCAUUGCUACUGAUAAUUUUUCUUAUGAAUGUUAAGACAAGGCCCCUGUGUGUUGUGUACAGUUUUGAGCGGAGUGUCCAUAUGCAUGCAGGGUUUAAAAACGUGACUCUGGUCUUAGUCUCUUUUGGAGGAGACGUGUUGGGACCAAUGUGCCUUUAGUCUGAUUUUCUGUGAUCUGUUUUACCAUUUCUGUAUUUUUCCAGUUGGUCUUUGGUUUGUUGAAAAUAAGUAUAGUUUUUAUAUUUUCAAUUGUGUGCUUCAUGCCUUGUCCAGUUUCCAAACAACUCUAAUGAGGGUUGGUCCUUUAGUACAAAUUUAAAUGUAUGUUUUCUACUUGAUAUCUGAAAAUUUGCCACAUAUGCUAAGUAGUUUUUUGGGUUUUUUUUUUAACUAAUGGUCCACAUUCAAUGGUGUUGUGUGCAUUAGAAGCUGUCAUCUUGAUCGACCAAUCAAUAAAGUUCACUCACUGCUCA